CGAUGAUUUACCUAAUUCCGACGCUUACCCAAUAGCGAGGUUUUACUGUAUCUGACCCCAGCUAGCAUGUGAAGCAGAACCUGUGCAUCAAGCCUCGGCCUAUUUCUUUUCGUUCCCCACAGCCCAUCAGGAAGCUCGCGAACCGCUCAUGAACAUGAUCUGCAGGGGACUGUGGGGAAAUACCAAGAUUGCUCUCACCAUGGGUGACGAUCAUCAUCCCCAAGCACAACCACCAUGUUUUCUGCCAUGAAGACUCGCUUCCUAUGACUUCUCCCCGUUCCCAUCCACUUUCAUCAUGGCUGUGAGAAGAUUACGUACCCUGCUUGGGGCCCUCAUUCUGCUGAUCGGAGGACUGUGGCUCUACUCCUCCAGGCAGGAGGAGCCUAUGCUGCCUCAUACCCUCCUGGAGACUCCUAUCCAGUACCUAAAAAACGGAGGAAGUGAUCAGAAUCCUAAAGGAGCAGGAGAAGCCAAUAGCGAUCCCAGAUAUACGGCGCACCUGGACCUCCUUUCUCAACCCGUACCAGAUCAGCACUCUCCGGUAGGCUCCCAACCCGAGGUUAAACCAUCACCGCCAUCUUCAGGAAAUGCACCGGAGCUACCACCGUCGUUGGAAGGUCAGGCACAAAACUUGGACUCGAACACGAAGACAUCGGAACCCUUCUUCGCAUUCCAGAAGGACCUGGAUCUUGAAUUACCCGUUGCCACAUUCCAAUCGUUCAGCAAUCACAGACCUCAUAACCAUGACUAUGGAGGCCCCAAGAAAUAUGCCUAUGCCACCUUCAUGGCUACACGCAAUCCGUCAACAAAAGACCCUUAUUACUUGGCCAUCCACUCCGUUCUAUACCGGAUACUGUACUCUCCGCGUUCCCGGACGGAACAAUACCCCUUCAUCGUCUACGUAGCCGACUUUGUGACCGAAGAACAGCGCACUCUCCUGAGAGGCGCCGGAGCCAUUGUCCGGGAACUGGAGCCAUUGCCAUGGAGUUGCGACCGCCCAGGCGGCCAAGAGCGCUGGAAAGACCUCUUUGCGAAACUGAACAUGUGGAAGGAAACCGAGUUCGAACGUAUCCUCUUCCUCGAUGCUGACGCCUUCCCUGUCGACCAUAUGGAUCCCAUGUUCGACUUGACUCCCCUGCAGGAUUGUAGGAAGGAGAAGCUGCAAGAAGACGAUUACCUCGAAGAUGCAUCCCCCGUGUGCGAGCCUUACGUCUUUGGCGGUGUACCGCAGGACAUAACCAAUCCAGCGGAUUAUAACAUCAAUGUCGGAAGCAUGGUCUUCGCACCUUCCGAGAGGAUGCACCAACGGCUGCUGCAGAAUUACCUAAAAACGGACAAGUACAACUGCUCCAUGGCCGAGCAAGCCUUCCUGAACUGGCAGUUCCAGCCUGAUGGUGCGUUUCCGCCUACGCUGUUGACGAGAGAAUGGGGCGGAUUCUUCCCACAGCCGGACGAGGAGGGCAAGCUGAAGGUUGUGCACGAGAAGAUAUGGGUCGUGGAUCAGGGUAUUUCGGAUUGGUUGAAGUUGGACUGGCUCACGCAGUGGCAGGAGAUGAUGGCCUUCUACAACGGCGACGAGUUUAAGCAAGCGAGAGAAAAGGAUGGCGCCGACAGGGUUGUCUGAGCGUUCACACUUUCGAGCACAUAGGGUUAUGAUUAAUACUGGGCCUGGUUCGGAAGCCUUCGGUACAGGUGGCAUCAACUUGCGAAAAUAAUGGUGCGCAGUGAAAACCAGCAAUUGCGGCGCGCAUAGAGCGUGACAUAAGCGUAGAGGGAUACACUUCACUAGCACAAUGAUUAGCAGGAUCGAACAUCCCAACAUACCAAGGUAUAUGGUUUCAUAUGAGGGCUACUAGGAGACUAAUAGGCAUAAUUGAUUAGAUAAGAAGUACACAAACUACAGAAACUAGAACUUCUUG